AUGCCUGAAAAUACUAAAGAACAAAAUACUUCAUCUAAUAAUACCAAACUAUUCUCGCAAUCACUUUCCAAUGGCAAAAAAAAAGUAUUGGAAAAUGUUUCCAAUUCUACAAACGAUUUUCUUCAUGCAAUUAUACCAAGGGAUGGAAAAAGUGUAACGGAAAAUUUAUCUACAUUAAUGAAUAACAUUACAACUCAAAAGCCCGGGACUUCCUCAACAUCGACCACGUCGUUUUUGCAAGAAGAAUGGAUAACGGGACAAAUAUACGAAGACAAACAACCUGAAAAGUUUGCUAUCAGCCAAUCGGUUAAUACUGACUUUAACGAUGCUGAUUGGGAGAAUUGGCUCAACUCUUCCGAAUAUUCUGACUUUGAUAAUUUUG